CAUUCGCGCACGGGUUUCAGCUGAAAAUGGACGUUUCGUGAGCGCUUUGGGGCAAAUUGCGAUACACCGAUACUGGCUUUAUUUUUUUAUUGAGGCUGCUUUAACCUUGCUUGUUGUGAGAAAUAUUAUAUAUAUAAUCUAUAUAUAAUCGUGUUGUUAACAUAAAACCGAAGUGUGAUUAAAGCAAAAAAAGUGAUUAAAAAACCAAGAAACAACCGCGCUGUGCAAUACUUCUACAAAAACAACCCAACAAAAACAAAUAAAAUUUUCUACAACUCUCCUACCCAACCCCAAACAAUAAGUGUUUAAGCGUCAGCAACAAAACGCAAUUCCUGUAUUUGACCGCAACAUGGCUUGGGGUUACUGGAGCGCCACCACAGUAGAUCGUGGACGUUCGCCACGACGCAAUACGCAAUGUACACCAUUACCGGUGAAUUUGAUGCAACAGGAAGAGGACAACAGCACGCAAAAUGCGUCAGCAGCCGCCGCAGCCUCGGCAACGAACAGCAAUGCCGGCAAUGGCAGCGGUGGUGGCGGCGGCGGCGGCGGUGGCAACUUGAAUACUUGCCCGAAUACACCAUCCGGCACGCAAGCGAAUCUCUGCUACAGUCCAACGUGUCGCAGUCGCUGCAGUAGUCCCUGCCCGGGCAGUCCGUGUCCGGGUAGUCCAUGCGGUUCGAUAACACCGCCACCGCCGCCACAAUUGACAUCGUCGCAACAGCAUUUGCAUCAGCAUUCGAAUAAGAAUUGCCCGGCCGCACAGCAAAUACUCAAUUUGGAUGAUUAUCCCUCGCGGCGGCAAUCGUUGGAUCGGCUAGAUAGUCCACAGGCCAAUCAACUGUCGGAUAUAUUGUGUCGCGGCGCCGUCGUCUCAUCCAUACAAUCGGCCAACAACACGUUGACGCGCGGCGUCUCACUGCACAGCCGCAGCGGUAGCGCUCACGGUAGCAUUCAUGGUGGCAGUCAUCACGGCAGCUAUGGUGGCGGCGUCGGCGGCGGUGGAACUGGUAGCGCGCACGGUUCCAUGGGCUGUCUGCAGGGCAGCAUGGGACAUUUGAUAGGCGCCGGUGGCAUUGGCGGCGGCAUGGGUGGCGCUAGCACCAGCGGCAGCGUCGGCAUGCUGUCGGGCGCAAUUGAUACCGGCGACUAUGAUGUACCGCAUCCGCAUCCCUAUACGCAUCAUUAUAUGCAGACAUCGACAUCGAUAACGCCGCCACAUUCCACAAUGAGUUUGAUCGGUUCACGACCCGGCUCGGCCGGUGCUUGUCCGGGUCAUGAUUCGGGCUCAGACUCGAGUCAAGGUUGCGGCUCUACAAUGGGUGGCGGCAUCGGCGGCGGCGGCGGCGGGGGUGUUGUACAUGGCAUGGGCGGCAUGAGCAUUGGCAGCGGUCAUGCUGGCCAUAUGAUGGGCGGUGGCGGUGGUGGUAUUGGUGUUGGUGUGGCCAUGGGCAUGGGUAUGAUUGGCGCUGCUGGCAUGAGUGGUCAUCAUCAUAGCGGUGGCAGCGGUUCGUUGGGACGCUGUUCAAGUCGUUGUCAUAAUACAAUGAAUACAACAACAAACACCACCACCACCACCACUGAUGAUUCGGGCGGUGGCAGCGGUGGUAGUGGUGGCAGCGUUUUUAUCGGCAGCUGUCGCAUGGGCCCAGCCACGAGUGGUGGCGUUGGCGUCGGCGUCGGUGUCGGUGUCGGUGUGGGCGUUGUUGGCAUCAAUGUCGGCGGCGGCAUGGGUGGCGGCAUAAUGGAGAAUCCGCAUCGCAGCAGCUUGCAUGGCAGCGAGGGUAGCGGCUUGAAUGUUUGCGGCAUGGGCGGUAGCGGUGGCAGUGGCGGUAGUGUUGGUGGUCGCAGCAGCACACUCGGCACCAUACAUAAUGGACAUCAUCAUCAUCAAUAUCACCAUGAAUGUAUACACUACGAGCGUCUACCUAUACCUGUUCCUAUACCGACUGUGCCAAUACAACAGCAACAGCAACAACACUUGCAUUCCGAAGAAGAAAUCGAACCAGCCUAUGCAACAGUAUUUCCAAAUGUACCUUCUGCACCUGGCCUGUCCUGUGAUGGCGAAGAUCGCAGCAUCUACAGACGUGGCGCACGCAGAUGGCGCAAACUCUACCGAGUCAACGGACACAUUUUCCAAGCCAAACGCUUCAAUCGCCGCGCCUUCUGCGCCUACUGUCAGGACCGCAUCUGGGGCUUGGGACGGCAAGGUUUCAAGUGCAUACAAUGCAAAUUGUUGGUGCACAAAAAAUGCCAUAAACUCGUACAGAAGCACUGCACCAACGAGCAUGUGGAGCCGUUAGUCAAGGAGCGCGACGACGCUUUCGCCGAACAGCUGCCGCAGGUGUUGCCACCGUUGCCCGAUUAUGCGUCGCAGGCGAGUGGCAGUAGUCACGGUGGCAUGGUGGAUGCGAGCGAUCCGUUAGCAGCGCUCGAACUGCAGCCGCACGAUGGACAGUUGCAGCAGCAACAGCAACAACAUCAAAAUAUUGAAGAACAAUUGGAGCCGGGCACACAGCGGCAAUAUUCCAUAAACGAUUUCGAAUUGAUACGCGUCAUUGGACGUGGCAGCUAUGCCAAGGUCUUGAUGGUCGAACUGAAGAAUACCGGGCGCAUAUAUGCCAUGAAAGUGAUUAAGAAGGCGCUCGUCACCGAUGAUGAGGACAUCGAUUGGGUGCAAACGGAGAAGCAUGUCUUCGAGACGGCAUCGAAUCAUCCGUUCUUGGUCGGUUUGCAUUCGUGCUUCCAGACACCGUCACGUCUAUUCUUCGUGAUUGAGUUUGUGCGCGGCGGUGAUCUUAUGUUCCAUAUGCAACGACAACGUCGUCUACCCGAGGAGCAUGCGCGCUUCUAUGCGGCGGAAAUCAGUUUGGCAUUGAACUUUUUGCACGAGAAGGGCAUUAUUUAUCGUGACUUGAAGUUGGAUAAUGUGCUGCUCGAUCAUGAGGGUCACAUUAAGUUGACCGAUUAUGGCAUGUGUAAGGAGGGUAUACGUCCCGGUGACACGACCUCCACCUUCUGCGGCACACCCAACUAUAUAGCGCCGGAGAUUUUGCGUGGCGAAGACUAUGGUUUCUCAGUGGAUUGGUGGGCGCUGGGCGUGCUAUUGUACGAGAUGUUGGCCGGCCGUAGUCCAUUCGAUAUAGCCGGCGCAUCGGAGAAUCCCGAUCAAAACACUGAAGAUUAUCUGUUCCAAGUGAUUUUGGAAAAGACCAUACGUAUACCGCGUUCGCUGAGCGUGAAGGCCGCGUCUGUAUUGAAAGGUUUCCUUAAUAAAAAUCCAGCUGAUCGCUUGGGUUGCCAUCGUGAGUCCGCUUUCAUGGACAUUGUGAAUCAUCCAUUCUUCAAGAGUAUCGACUGGGAAAUGAUCGCACAAAAGGAGGUACAACCACCAUAUAAGCCAACAUUUGAUCCUGGCGAUCCAUAUAUGGCCACAAAUUUCGAUACGCAAUUUACUAGGGAGCCAGCCGAGUUGACGCCAGAUGAUCCUCGCGUCAUUGACAAGAUCGAUCAAUCGGAGUUUGAAGGCUUCGAGUAUGUGAAUCCGCUGCUGAUGUCUUUGGAGGAUUGCGUCUGACACCACGAGUCAUGUGAUUUGCAUCCCUAUAAUAUGCGUUUGUAUGGCGAGGACUCCAGUGAUUAUGACUCAGUAGCUGAUGAUUUAAGUAUUUUGCAAUUGCACGCACCGCCGCCAACAACCGCUAACA